AUGCCUCAAUCAGGAGCCAACAACUACCUCGAGAAGGCUCGGAUCCUCCUCCAAGCCAAGAAGGCCAAUGGAGGAUUCGACGAGAGCCAUGAAGAGGGGAUCAGUCACCUCGUCAAUGUCCCAUACCACACCACUCUCAGGACAAGUGCCGCACUCAAGGCACUCAAGGGCAUCCGCAAGGUCCACACCAUAGACCUCGCUACUGCCACCACGGCACUGGAACGGGUCUGCCAGGAGGUUCCAAAUAAGAUAACCCUCAAGCUCGGCGUCAAGCGGGGGAGAACCGCCGACACAACGCCGAUCCCGACACCAGCGCUCAAGAAGACCAAGUUUGAGCCUCUGGAACCCCUCACUGCCUCGACCAAGCAGGAGUGGGAGCGCCUGCCGGACACGAGCGAUCGGGUAUACAACGCCGCCGCCGCUCAGCUCCUGGCCCUCUCGCGCCGGUACGCCGGUGUCAGCGGCCCCAAGUUCGCUUCGGCUGCUUGCCGCGCCUGGAUAAAGGAGCGGCAAGUCAAGGACGCGGAGAGGAAGGAGAUCAUGGGAGGCAACGUCCAGCCUCUCAUGGUCAAAGGCGCUGGGAAGCAAGGCAAAGCUGCCGGGACCUUCCCCGGCGACCACGAGCCCAAGGAGCGAGUCGAAGCCUAUGAGAAGUGCGUCCAGAGGGGCUCUCAGAGCCCUGCCCCCUCUGCUACUGAGUGGCGCGGGAACUUCCCAGCGUGGGAUCCCCAGAGGGCUGAGUACACGCCCUGGAAGAAGGCCGAGAAGGCCUUCCACGUGGCGACCAAAGCGCUGGAAGAGAAGGCCAAGGUCGUCACGGCCACCAGGGAGAUGGAAGCCCGGCUGGCUGGACGCGCUCUCCCGAGAACUUGUCGGGUCCUGAGCGCCAUCCCGCACCACACUCGCUUCCUGCUCAGGAGCCAGUGUGGGGAUGGCUUGGGUCGCGUCAACUGCUCGCCCCGACCGGCGGUUGAGUCCCUCCAACGUUACCACUCGGGAACUGUUGGCCGCAGCAAGCUGUCGGAGAAGCUCAAGCUCCGACACAGGGACCACCGUGCCGUCGUCAAGGUCACUGGUGAGGAGAAGCCGGCCCAGAAGAGCCGGAUCAUCAUCCUGAAGGCCAAUCCGCGAGGCCCAGCCUCCUCACCGCCGCCACCGCCUGCGCCAAGGAAGAUCAGGCUGAUUGUUAAAAGGCCGAGUUCCUGA